AUGUAUAAAUUAGAUGUAGCAGUGGAUGCACGAGAAGCUGCUGCCAUUGAAAGACGCCAAAACAUGGAAAAACAGAGGCAGAGCAGGAUAUUUAAUGCUAGACAGAGGACCAUUGGUAUGGAUAUAGAAGCUUUAGAUGAUCAGAUAAAAGGACGAAACAAAGAGAAGAAAUUGAGAAGCAACAUUUCUGAUGAGGACCCUUGUCUGAGUAUAUCAGGAAUGCAGGUAUUCUCUGGUGAGGAUCUCCAAUAUGAUAGUAGGAAAGAUCUACAGAAAGAACAGAUAACCGAAAAGAAACGUCUUUCAAUGGAACAAAAGAAAGGAGAUCAGUUGUAUAAUAUGAAAGCAGUAGAAAUGGACCAGAGAGCUUUCAAAGAGAAAGCUGCACUGCAGCAACAAGUCUUGCUCAAGAACAAGACGAUAACUUUAUUGAAAUGGAGUAAUCACAUUCAUGGUGAUAUGUUGACAGAGAAUCCAGCUGUAGCUCAGAGUGCUUUUGGACCUCAUCGAGUUAUACCUGAUCGUUGGAAAGGAAUGAGUCCAAGUCAAGUCAGUGAUAUACUGCAUACACAAGCCUUACAGAGACUAUGA